UCAUCGGUGGGGCCACGAGCUGAGUGCGUCUAGUCACUCCGUCCCAUGUCCCUUGGGAAGGUCUGAGACUAGGGCCAAUCAGCGGCCCUAACAGGGCCCUCCCUGAGCUUCGGGGAGGUGAGUUCCCAGAGAACGGGGCUCCGCGCGAGGGCAGACUGGGCAGGAGAUGCCACCGACCCCGCCCUUGCGGAGGGUCGUGGCGGAUGCCUCCCUAGCCGGAGCUUGGAACAGACUCACGGCCAGCGAAGCUGUGGAAGGAAGGCUGAGUAAGCAGACGUUUUAGGGAUGGAAGGGCCGUGGAAGCUACAGACAAUGGUAAUGAACUCGGAAAACCUGGUCAAGUGAACCUUAGAAAAGAUUGCAGGUGGACGUCUUCUUCCAGUAUCUUUCCUGCUAAGCCUGUUAACUUGACUAUUACCCUGAAGGUUGAAGAUGGAAUCCUCUGAGGAAGAAAGGCCUAGCUCUUCAGCACCGUGUGUGCCAGCCCAGAAGCAGCAGUGUGAAAGCCUCUGUAACAUCUGCUGCAGACCCCUAAAAAUCAAGGAGGAUUGGAUUUGGACAUCCUCAGUAGAAAUGGUUAAAUGCUGAUGGGAUCAUAAACACAUGAUGCCAGAUAGUUGAUAAAUCCUAUAGCUCAGCUUGAUUCCUAGAUACAAGCUGGAUUCAUUUGAUACCACAGAAAUGAAACUUCGGGAGACUAGAUUGGAGUCUCACUUCUUUCCCAGCCUGAACUCUUGGGAGCUCAUGAAGGUAGAUGAUUCUUCAAAUUAAAGACGGACACUGACUUUUCUCACCAGAAAUGGUUUAUAGAAUCAACUUUCAAAAAUGAGCACCUUAGAAAUGAGCCAUUGAAGGUUUUGUCUAUGUCAUGAGAGAACAGGACACGUGUUUUGCUGAAAGCCUGCUUUCAGUUUUAAGCAUCUGGAAACCUUAUCAUCUAUUAUGUCUUUGUGUGAAGACAUGCUGCUUUGUAACUAUCGCAAGUGUCGCAUCAAACUCUCUGGUUAUGCAUGGGUCACUGCCUGCUCUCAUAUAUUCUGUGAUCAGCAUGGCAGUGGUGAGUUUAGUCGUUCACCAGCUAUCUGCCCUGCCUGCAACAGUACUCUUUCUGGAAAGCUAGAUAUUGUCCGCACAGAACUCAGUCCAUCAGAGGAAUAUAAAGCCAUGGUAUUGGCGGGACUUCGACCAGAGAUUGUGUUGGACAUUAGCUCCCGAGCACUGGCCUUCUGGACGUAUCAGGUACACCAGGAGCGUCUCUAUCAAGAAUACAAUUUCAGCAAGGCUGAGGGCCAUCUGAAACAGUUGGAGAAGAUAUAUACUCAGCAAAUACAGAGCAAGGAUAUAGAAUUGACCUCUAUGAAAGGGGAGGUCACCUCCAUGAAGAAAGUGCUAGAAGAAUACAAGAAAAAGUUCAGUGACAUCUCUGAGAAACUUAUGGAGAGAAAUCGCCAGUAUCAAAAGCUCCAAGGCCUCUAUGAUAGCCUUAGGCUACGAAAUAUCACUAUUGCUAACCAAGAUGGUACCCUUGAACCAUCUAUGAUUGCACAGUCUGGUGUUUUUGGCUUCCCAUUAGGGAACAACUCCAAGUUUCCUUUGGACAGUACACCAGUUCGAAAUCAGGGUGGUGGAGAUGGAGAUUUUCAGUUCAGACCAUUUUUUGUGGGUUCUCCCACAGCACCUGAACCCACCAACAGCUUUUUUAGUUUUGCCUCCCCAAGUAAUGAAUUAGAGCAGCAGCAAGUCUCUAGCAGGGCCUUUAAAGUAAAAAGAAUUUAGUUCACCUUACAGAAUGUUUCUCUGUUUAUUUUCAGUGAUUUCAUUUAGUAAAUAAUCUUUGUUUUAGAUAGGAGUCACCACCCUCUCUGUGUUUGUAUUGAGUCUUCGAAGUUGUCUUCACAUUUUCAACUUACAAGAAAUUCAGUGGCAGUUGUGGGUGGCUUUAGAAUCAGGUUUCCUUUUCUGUUUCUAUUCUUUAAGGUGUAAGCGUUUUAUUAAACUCAAUUUUAGGGUGAACUGUUGAGUUUUCACUGGUAGUGAAAAGCUUACAAUAUUAUUGGGUGUUUUGUAGAUCACCAUUUGUUUCUGUCUGGGCUAUUUCUGUCUAGGCCAUGUUUUUAAACAUACUAUAUAAGCACCUAUGUUAUAUGGCUACAUGUCACUUUGGGUUCUGGUAUUUAUACAUACAUGUAUAUGUAUGUUCCUUUACAUUGUUUUUUUGCUGCAUUUGGCAGUAUGUUUAUGUGAAGAUUUUGGUUUCAGGAAAUAGUGAGUGGGCCUGUAGCUUGUUACUUGGGUGUGUACAUUUAUUUGUAUAUAUUUAAUGUAUUUGCCCUUGUAUUAACUUGUUUGGAGGUGUGCUCAUGUCAGUGAAUGAAGGUACAAUUUGAUGCAUGUAUGUUUACUUCCUAUUUCUAUUUAAAAAUAAUUCACAUUGAUAAAGUUAUUUUGUAAAGUUGACUUUUUGGCAUUUAUUUUAGAAUAAAAUUACUUUCUUUACCCUUUUGCUAGC